AACAAAUUGGUUCCAGCCAAUUUCAGACGUCAGCUGAUGGGAAGUCCCACCACUGUUCCGGCCAGUCGCUAUAAUAGAGAUGUCGGGCAUUCUUUACUGUUAGUCAUUAAGAGACAAGCACCUGUGGAUAUUAUGGGUUACCAGCAACCAAACUCCGAAGGAUUCUGCUACUUUUUGGCGAACGAUUAUUUUCGCUUUGUGUUACAUGGUUCACAGUCCCCGCCGGCGGCCAACAGGGUGGUAGAAACUCUGCGCAGGUCGGGUUCCGCGUUAGAUGCAUCCGGCCAGGAGUUGAAGCGUUGUAUAGACAGUCUCAACUUAAGCUCUGUUGAGGAGGCACAGCGAGUGCUCCCCACCCUGAUGAGAGAAGUUUACUCGGACGGCAUUGAUAACUGGGGAAGGAUUGUGACCCUGUUCGCUUUCUGUGGCAUCCUAGUCAGGCACCUGAAAGAGAAAGGCGUCCCGGAGCGAGAACUGGUCGAGGGCGUAGCCCAGUGGGUAGCUCAGUACACCUGGGCUCACAAAGGCGCCUGGAUCAAGAACAACGGUGGCUGGGAGAAGGGCUUUGUGGAACACUUCCAGGAGAAAAAGAAGCCGCACUUCUAUACCAAGAUAGCUGCUGUAACGGGGAUUGUUGCUGCUUUUUCCUUUGCGAUCUACCAGCAGUGAAGAUGUGGGAGUAGAUUUUGCACAUUAGAAACUUGUGCAGCUUGUGAACUUUCUGCCUUGUAUUGAGAACCCAGUACAGGACUUGGACUAUAAACUUUUGUGAAGCUUGUUGAAUCCAAACAAAGAUGAAAUGUUUAAGUGCAAUAAAAUCAGAUAUAUUUUGUAGCAAUUGGAAUUUGAGUUGCUUUAUUUAAGUAUGUAAGGAGCAAGCAAUAUUUGUUUGUAUAUUCUCUUUCACGAGCUCAGGAUUUCUCAAUACAGUUUUUGAUCCAUUUCGGUACUCCUUGUGUGCAAUUCAUCACUUCUGUUCAUAGCCCAUAACUUUCCUAGAUUUUGA